AUGAGCACUCCCGCCAGGUUGUGGUACCCGCUGGGUUCAGGUAACCUCCAGAUUAUCCUCUCCGACAAUCCGAAGACGAAGGACAUCUUCGCCAGGUCUCGGGGGUUCCCGCGGGCGGAGAUCAUGCAGUACGCGGCGGAGUGCAAGGCCUGCGGAAGCCCGUCGCUGCGGGUGAAGGCUUGCGUAGCGAUGGCCGUAGUGGCCGCGGACAUUAACCAGCGCUGGUCGCAGGAGUGCUCUCCAGAAGACCGCAACUUCUUAGGCGAGGCGAUAGAGAAGGCUGGCAACGUCACGUGGCCCGACUUCGGCGUCGCCAUGGCGCGAGGCUUGUGGGACCGCAUCGCGGCCAAGUUCAUCAUCAUCGACCACUUGGUGCGAUAUGGGAGCGCCUCGGAUGGUCAGCAUAAGCUCGCGACCGAAUACGUUCGGGCCACGGCAUACGAGGUGCUGUGCUCCCAGUUCAAGGCCCCUUGGCUCGGGAACGGCAAGGAGGCCUCCUUCUUGCACUUGCACCCCGCAUUCAAGGACAACAUGUCGGUCCAGCAGACGGACGAGUUCACGCGGACCCUCGUGCUGUCGCACACCGACCCGGGUUCGCAGUUGCCCGCGAGCAUUCGGGCUUUCGUCGACGACGCGAGCUUGUCUGCACGCAGCCGGGCAGACGCCUUCGUGUCGUUCCUGUCGCAGGUGCGCGGCAUGGGCCCCGUGGUCACGGUCGAGCGGCCGAUGGAGCCCGGGGCCAAGAAGAGCAAGACAGCGAAGCCAGAGAUGGUGGACCUCAAGCCUCCAGAAACGGUCAACCUGGAGCUCUUCCUGCUGGACUCUGUCAUCAGGGACUUCGUGAACAGCCGCGUGGCGGUAAAGGCCGAGGAGGGUGGGCGCCCCGCGGGCAGCCCCUCGAGCAGCGACGACGGGGCCAACGCGGAAGCCCUGGCCGACUUGUCGUUGCUGUUUGAGGCGGUGUUGCUGCUAAGUACAGGAGAGUCCCUCAGCAUGUGGGGCAAGCUCAAGCUCGAGAAGGACACCAAGAUCGCCAAGGACGCGAAGAGGUUCCUGAGCAUGGUGGGCUGCGCCCACGUGGCCAAGCUGCUGACCUCGGCCGCAGGGGGCAAGAGAGCCUUCAAGUACUCGGAGGAUGAGGUCGGGCCGUUGAUCGCAGGCGCCAAGCUCUGGGCGCACGACAACAGGAGAGCGGGCUAUUUCUCAGAGCAGAGCUCGGAGAAGCGUGCUGCCACUGACUACUGCCAGACCCUUCGCAACUACAUCAAGUUGGACGUAUGCUUGGAGGGCGACAGCAUGUGGAAGUUCUUCCAGGCCCUUGAAGAAGAAUCUGGAUACAUGGCAUCCUGUUUUUCGAGGCUUGCUCCGAAAGGCAGUUCGCUACGCAAGGCGAUCAGCGAGGACAUUUCGCCCUAGUGUUUUCGACGCAGUAGGGAUGCAUCAGAGAAGCAGAGAUGCACGAAGACGCCUUGAAGGCAUCGUGGAGCUUACAAAGGCAAUCCUCACUCCUGGUCAAACAUGCGUCCGGUUUUCUUGGAAGCCGCGCAAUGGAGCUUGAGCCUUUCCCCGAGCAGUGAUGCUUUUGGGGCUUCUUACUUCGUCCUGACGAACUGGCAGAUAAGAGCUUCUUGUUAUGUCUUGCCACUCGUUGUUGCAUGUGCUGUGUUGAUAUAAGAGAGCUGCGCUCUAACUUGGCCUUGACCGACCGACUCGGCCAACGUGGCCCGCUGCAGCC